AUGGCCUUUUAUAAUAAUGAAGAUACAAAUAUCGGAGAAAUAAGUUACAACAAUUACAGUUACAAUUAUGAUACAACAGCAAGUGAUUAUUCCAGUUCGAGUGAAGAUAUUCAUGAAAUUCAAAUAAAAAUAAAAACAGCGAUCGAAAAUAAAAUAUUAAAUGAAACAAAGAAGACAGGAAAAAGAAAAUUAAAUAGCUGUAAUAAAAAUUCCAAAAAAAAAAAAAGUAUGCAAAUUGAGGAAAUGCACAAUUAUAAAAUAAUAGCUAGACAAAUAUAUUUUUUUAAUGGAAAUCAAAUAAGAGAAAAUGAAAACCAUAUUUUAAAUUUAGAUGAUACGAAAAAAUAUUAUAUUAAUUGA